AUGAAUAUGUUAGAUGAUGAAGGUGACCAAAGUUUUCACGCUACGCGUGACGGCUACUACCAUUUGAGCGAUGUCGUAUGGGAUGCUGUUGAACGGAAGGGUUCAGCCAUGGGCAUUCAUGCUGUUAGCGUCAUGCUAGAGGAUCUCAAUAGAGAUGCCCAACAUGCUACUAUCGCCAAGUUCAUUCAAAAUGAACUUGACGCUGAACGCGAUAAAGUAGCCUUGCUUCACCAACAAGGUUCUCAACAAUCAGAGUUGUUGAGAGAACAGGGUGCUCAACAGUUUGAACUGUUGAGACAGCAGCAGGCUGCUGGUGGUGGGUCGAUGCACUCGCGUCGACCCGAGACCUUGAAGAUUGACAUCUUCAAGUAUAGGGGAGUCGAAGAGAACUCCCUCUUGAGAUGGUUCGUCGAAUUAGACGACGCCAUAAGGGCGCGUCGCAUCGACGACGGGGAUAUGCAAGUUGCAUUUGCCCAGUCAAAUCUGGCAGGACGUGCCAAGACUUGGGCACUGGGGCUCAAGUUGCACGACCCAUAUGCGUAUGGGUCAUUAUAA